CAAAUAUCACCUUUCUCUCUCUCGCUUUCUGUAUAAUUAUCCGCGCAGCAACUUUACGAAUGUCAGACGUGGAUCCAAAUGAAGCAUCAACUGUCCCUUACGACAUUAACAGUCUGGGAUCAUUUUCCCUCUAUGAAGAAUACGAAAAAUCUCCUUCCAAAGAAGCCGAUGAGCUCGAUGCACGCGACGACGAGGGAGACGGCGAAAGCAGUAUAGCCAACAGAGGCCAAGACAGUACUGCUAACGCUAAUGACCACAUCAAUAGUAGUAGCAAUAGCAACAACAACAACAACAACAACGAAGGCGACGAUAAUGCUGGCAGAAAUGACAGCCCUGGCAGCAUAUCUAACAGUAAUGAACAAUUGAUCACCAACAGUAAUGAAACCAGCAACACAGUUACCUUGAUUACAGAAUCGUACCAAGGAAGUCAAGCGAGCUCUGUCGAAAGACAACACAAUGAAGUUCUUGAUGAACGCUACCAUGAAUCACAAGACUCGGUUGCACCGCCACCGACGAAAGUUCUUCGGCAAAAACGUAACAUGAUGAUUAGCAGCUCUGCACCAGAAGCUUCUUAUUCUUCUUCACCUGCGAAACGAACAAAGUAUUCUCUGCCGAGGACAACGAGUGAUAUUACGGACGAUCCCGAGUUAAAAGCUCAGAUAGUGGAAAAAAAAGACGAGGAGGGACGUGUGAUAGUGCAAAAGCCGCCCACCCGCCCAGUGACGUUUGCGGGAAAUUUGAGGUCAACACUGAGAAGGCUUACACCUGCUGCUACUUCUGAUCGCGAACGACCGAGUGAUAUAAAUAUCGAAACAACAGACGCGAGGAUUCUUAUGCCACCACCAAUUGCCGAGGAGACCCUCAGAAAGAGAAUGCUUGCAACGUCAUCCAGCAGCAGUAUGGACAGCAAUGUAGCAUCAGGUAGCUCUAACUCAAUAUCUGGAAAAAACCACGAUCGUGGCGGCUCUCAUUUAGCCGCUGCUCCUGGAUCGCCCACACCAAUACAUAUAUCCCAAAGCCAAGUGGAUGCAUGUAUUGCUCUUAUGCCGGAUCUGGCGCCGUUUCGACGACCCAGCUCUAGUAAUAACAAUGAAGAAUACCCAACUUCAGACCCUGAGAACGACGCUUUUUUUGAAGCGAAUUGGCUCCGUCAAAGUAAUCGUGAUAAAACAGAAGGAGAGGACGAGGAACAACAGUUAGAGGGCAGCAGGGAAGAUAUUUCAGGAUCGAAUCGAGAGGCAGAGGAACAACAGACUGCUGACACUAAUUCACCGAUUCGUAUACCGACUGAAACGACGACAGCAGAGAAAAAUGAUGUACAAGCAGCAGAACAGCAAGAGAUUGAUGAAGGAGAGAAUUCGAAGGGCGGUGGGUCAAAGAAGGGGAAGAAGAAAACAACGACCGCUGCUGCUAGUAGGCGGACGAGAACUCCAACAACUGGAGAGCAACAAAAACCAUCAAAGUCAGCGUCAACCACACGUCGCAUCACGCGCGCUGCCACACAGCGAUCUAGCCCACAGCAAUCAAAAAGAUCGAAGGGAAAAGGUCGAUAGAGAAAUACUACCCUUUCCGUUUACCAUUCUGCCAAGCGGCCAGUUGGUUCAUCCUUCAUGUGAAUAUAUUACCUGCGCUUUUACUUUAAUGAAUAUAAUUACUAGACUAGCAUCAUCAUUAUCA